AUGAAGUGCAUUGACAUAGAAGGAAUAUGUCAAUGUGUAAAAAGCAAUCUGUUCAUAUCUAUCUAUCUAUCUAUCUAUCUAUCUAUCUAUCUAUCUCAGUCUGUUCAUAUCUAUAUCUAUAUCUUUUUAUCUUUAAAUUUACUUACCUCCAUAUAUUCAUAUCUAUCUAUCUAUCUAUCUAUCUAUCUAUCUAUCUAUCUAUCUGCCUGUCUGUCUGUCUGUCUAUCUAUCUAUCUAUCGCAUUUUCUUCUUAUAUAUUUUAUAUUACAAGAAAAUAUUCUUUAUUUUAUUCAGAGUCUUAAAGACAUUUCAAAGUUUUCUUUCUAUUUUAAAUACUUCUUUUUCGGUUAUUUAAACUGUUCUUAUCUUUCUUUCUUUUUUUUCCCGCCUUUACAUUUUCUUUUAUUCCCGAUUGAUAAAUACAUUUCCGAUAUCCAUUUUUUUCUUUCUUUUUCUUCUUCAUUUAUCUAUCUUAUUCUCGCUAUCACGCUUGUUGCUUUCAUUUUCUCUACUUUUCACUGCUACUCUCUCUCUUUCUCUUUCUCCCUCUCUUUCUAUUUCUCAUUCUAUCUUUUUAUCUCUCUCUUACUGUCUCUUUCCCUUUCUUUUUAUCUUUCUCUUUCUCCCUCUCUAACUUUCUCUUCCUCCCUCUCUUUAUCUCUUCCUUUUUCUCUAACUUCCUCUUCCUCCCUCUCUUUAUCUCUUUCUUUCUUUCUUUCUUUCUAA